AUGUCUAUGUCCAAGAUUUUCCAAACCGGCGCUCUCGUAGCUGCCCUGAUCUCUGCCGUGGCCGGCCACACCUCUGUCGAGAAGUUCGAGGCUGGAGGCAAGACCUACGAUGGUUUCCGCCAGGCCUCCAAGCAGGAUCCUGGUAACAAGUCGCCUGCUUGGUGGACCAACCAGGGCUGGGGAUACCAGCCCAUUUACGGCGACAAGCUGAACCACCCCGACAUCAUUGCGCACAGGGAUGCCUCCCCUUCCCCGUACACCGUCGAAGCCCCCGCUGGCGAGCCCGUCAAGUUCACCUGGCACCACGAGGGUAGCUGCGGCUCCGGUGAGGAGGGCUGGGACUGCUCCCACCACGGCUGGACAGCCACCUACAUGGCUUCUUGCAACGGCGACUGCAAGAACGUCGAGAAGACCGAGCUUGAGUUCUUCAAGAUCCACGAGAGCGCGCUCAUCGACUACCGCAAGGGCCGCUACUCUUCUGGCCAAUCCCAAGGCCAAACCGGAUACUGGGGUACCGACGCCAUCUUCUACGACAACGGCAACUCCCAGAGCGUCACCAUCCCCAAGGAGAUCCCCAGCGGAAACUACGUCCUCAGAACUGAGGUCGUUUCCAUCCACAACAACGGCGAUGUCAGCAACCGCCAAUUCUGGCCUCAGGCUUUCAACAUCAAAGUCACCGGCGGUGACGACAGCGCUCAGGUCCCAGCUGGAAAGAAGGGUACCGAGCUGUACCACUCCAGCGACGAGCUCCUCCAGUGGGACCUCUACUGGCACCAGGCUGGUGAGACCAUCAAGGAUGCGCCCGGCCCUCAGCUCGCUGCUGUCGCUUCCAUUCAGAAGCGCGCCCACGCUAGGGAUUUCUCCGCUUAG